UUCCCGUCUGCAGGUGGACUCCAUCCUGAGGGGCGACUACCUGACGCCGAUGGGUGCUGUGGGGCCGAAGAGGCUCUGUCUGGUGUGCGGGGACUUCGCCUCCGGGUAUCACUACGGGGUGGCGUCCUGCGAGGCCUGCAAGGCGUUCUUUAAGAGGACCAUACAAGGCAACAUCGAGUACAGCUGCCCGGUGAUGAACGAGUGUGAGAUCACCAAACGGAGGAGGAAAGCCUGUCAGGCCUGCCGCUUCCAGAAAUGUCUCCAGGCCGGGAUGAUGAGGGAAGGAGUCCGCGUGGACCGAGUGCGAGGGGGACGACAGAAGUACAAGAGGCGGGUGGAGACCGGGCUGAGUUUAUACAGUAAAACCCCGUACGCUCAUCCUGUCAGCAGCAGAAACAAGGUGAUCUCCCACCUGCUGCUGACUGAGCCCACGCCUCUGGCUGCCAAUCAGGACGAUUCGACCAAUGACGGCAGCCUGCGGACCCUGCUGACCCUCUGCGACCUCCUGAACCGGGAGCUUCUGGUUCUGAUCGGCUGGGCCAAACAGAUCCCAGGCUUCUCCGGCCUCUCAUUGGUCGACCAGAUGUCGCUGCUGCAGAGCGGCUGGAUGGAGGCGCUGCUGGUGGGCGUGGCCUGGAGGUCGCAGGGCAUGCCGGGAGAGGAGCUUGUGUUCGCCGGGAACCUGCGGCUUGACGAGGCACAGUGUCGAGCCGCGGGAUUGGCUGACCUGUACGAGGCGCUGCGUCACCUGACGUCAAAAUACCAGGCGAUGAACCUGACCCCCGAGGAGGUGGUGACACUGAAGGCCAUGGCGCUCGCAAACUCAGAUGCCGACCCGGUGGACUGUCCGGACUCGGUGCAGAGGUUCCAGGACGAGCUCCACGAGGCCCUACAGGAGUACGAGUUGUCCCGCAGGGAGCAGCACCGGGCGGGCCGGCUGCUGAUGAGCCUCCCGCUGCUGCGACAGACCGCCGACCGUGCCGUGCAGGCCUUCCUACAGCUGCACCGCCACCGCUGCGUCCCCCUCCACAAACUGCUGCUGGAGAUGCUCGACGCCAAGGCCUGAACUCUUCCUCACUCUGAGACCACGUCCAUCAUCAGGAGAGGACAGACUCUGGUUCCGAGACAAUCUCAAACCAUCUUUGUGCUUCGACAACCAAAGAACUGGUUCUAGUGCGGGUCUAGAAGCAAGAACCGCUUACAACAAGGGUCGGUGGCGCCUUGUGGCCAGCCAGCUACAUAUUUAUUAGCCGUUUAGAAACAAACAGAUGUUACAAACAUAACAUCGAGCUAGCUAGCUAGCUGUUUAUGUUAGCUGACCAACAGCUAGUUAGUUAGCCAACUAGCAUAACCUUGGUAACAAUAGCUAAUGUUGGAGACGUAUACACCGAUGUAAUGAGGUAGCCCAGAACUAGCGCGAGGUUUGUGUUGGUGCUGAAAGUCCUGGUCUAAUGCAGCCAACAGAACCACAUCAUCUGCAAAGAAACAUAACUCUGAGGUUCCUGAACACCUGGAGACCCUUAAACUCCAGAUAUUAUUAAAGUUAGCCGACUAAAUGCCCCUCAUCUGUGGUCAUUACUGUGGCUGGUGUAGUAUGGUUUAAUCCGUCCCGUAAACUUCACUCGUCUUUUUGUUUUUGGACACGCUGAUAUAAAGACACCAACAGCCGAACCGGACUGCCGUGUCUAGAAACAGUUGCUAAGCUACGAUUGGACAAUCGCUGUUUGGGGGCGGGGUUUAGAGAACAGUCAGUUAAAUGUGAUUUUAAAUGAUGUAAAAAAAAAUCAUCAUCUUCAUCUGAACCUGGAAAGAUUCAUUAAGUGUACAUUUGUGAUCUAUUUUUGUAAACAAAGAUAUUUUUGUGUGUUUACCUUGACAACGAGCUGGUUACCGUAGCAACAGCCACAUAGGAGGAUGACUGUGACGGACUCGGACCGAUGUUUUUUUUUUUUAUUUCGUUGUUGAGACGUUUUCUAACAGAGCUGAUUAUUUAUUGGCUGCUGAUUAGUUUUUAA